AUGUUUCAAGUGUGCCUUCAAAAAUACCUUUCAGAAAAGCGGAAUGGCAACGUUUCUUCCUCUCGUGGAAAUAUGGAAAAUAUUAAUAUGAAUUUUUACGACACGCAAGUGAGUCGGCCGAGUGGUAAUGGAACAAAGAAAUCAUCGAAAAUUAACAAAAAGUCGGCAUCAUUCAACCAAGACAAUAACAGGCUGCACAUUACCUUCAAAUUUUUCACUCACAAUCGUGUUUUACUUCUUCCUUUCAACACGUCAUUCCUAGCCCUCGUUCGGAUAAUCCAUGCGCGUUUUGGAAUUGACGUGAGCAGUCUCGAAUAUAAUAAUGAUUUUUGUCAAGACUUUAUUACCGUUCAAGGGGAGGAAGACUGGAAUCUCGCCAAGGCAGUUAUUGGAAAGUUUAAUGAUAUGAGAAUGAUAUUAAAAGUCGGCAAUGGAAAGCCGGUGUGA